AUGCUGUUCGGCUACGAUACUGCCAGCUUCGGGGGCAUCCUCGCCAAUGCGGGUUUCAUCGACCAGUUUGGCACUCUCGAUCCCACCACGGGGGAAUGGGCAUUCGCCUCCAACGACACCUCGCUGCUGUCUUCAAUUCCAUUUGUCGGCAAGUUCCUCGGCUGUCUCCUCGCUGGCCCGGCCAUCGAGAGGUUUGGGCACCGCAUGGUCUUCUUUGGCCUCUCUGUCAUAUCCAUCCUUGGUAUCAUCAUUGAAAUCACAGCUGCCGACUCAGCCAAUGGGUCCGGUAGAUUUGCCCAGUUCAUCGUUGGUCGAGUCAUUGUCUACAUUUCCGUCGGUCUGGUCGAAGUGGACGUGACUACCUACCAAGCUGAGAUUGUUCCGGCUCCUUUCCGAGGCCUCGUCGUCGUCUCCUUGCAACUCUUCCUCAAUGCUGGAACCAUUCUUGCCACAGGAGUCAACAAGGCAUUCUCGGACUACACAACGGCCGUCGGCUGGAAAGUUGUCACCGCGAUCCAGUUUAUCUUCCCCUUGCUUAUGAUCGCCUUCACCUUGUUCAUUCCCAGCUCUCCUCGAUGGCUCUUGUCCAAAGAUCGCACCGAAGACGCUGUCGCGUCUCUGUCGCGGCUGAGGUCGCAGCACGAAGUCGACUCGGGCCACUGCGAGAUUGAGAUUGCCGCCAUUCGGGAGGCUUUGCAAGAACACGUCCACAAGGCUUCGUGGUGGAGCUUGGUCCGGGGGACCAACCUCCGUCGCACGGCGCUGACCUUGGUCUACUAUUUCUUCCAGCAGACAACCGGCCAAGCCUUCGUGUCCACCUACCAGACUACCUUCUAUCGGGAAAACGGCUACGCAAGCAACGCCUUUCUCUACCCGGUCAUCAAUUCCGUCCUUAGCUUCUUGUCGGUCGUUCCGGCCAUGUACAUGGUUGACCGACUGGGCCGUCGUUGGACUCUCUUAAUAAGCUACUCCCUCCAAGCCUUUUGGAUGUAUCUGCUCGCUGGCCUUGGUGAGCGCGCCAACAAGACAGGAACCCAGAGUAACACCAUUGUGGCCGCCUUCAUGCUUUUCGCCUUUAGCUAUAAUAUGGGCAGUGCUUCCAUUCCCUACCUUCUGGGUAGUGAGAUCCCCAACAGUGCUGUGCGUGAGAAGACGCAGGCCAUUGGCACCUCGUGGAAUGUCGUCUGGGCCUUCGUAACCAACUACAGCAUCCCGUUCAUGAUUGACAACAUCCACUUCAAGGUCGGCUGGGUCUUCGGCAGCAUAUCCAUCGUUGCCUUCGCUUUCACCUUCAUGUUCCUGCCGGAGACCAAGGGUCGUGCGCUUGAGGAGAUCGAUGCCAUCUUCAAGGUCAAGUUCAACCCGUUCCGCAGCAGCGAGGUCCAGUACGCAGAGGCUGAGUACCGUGUUGGCGUCUUGGAGGGUGAGAAGGAGAAGGAAGACCUGAAGCCGGAAUCGACUUGGAAUGAGAGGAGCACGACAGAUGUGUCACACGUGUAA